AUGAGGGAUCCGGCGACCAAGUUUCGUAGCCUUUCCGAAUGUCUCUGGACUAGUGCGAUUGUUAGCUGGACAUGGCCUAGCUUCGACGGUCGACAUUUCGAUAAGAAGACAAAGAAACAGGAGGAGGAUUCUGAGGUGCAGAAAAAGUUGAACGAUGUGAAAGAUCUGGAAUACGUGGAAAUACAAACUCUAUGCGGAAAACAAGGAAGAAUUUUUCAGAAGAUAGAUGAGUUGAAAUCAGAGCUUCACUUCGCUGAUCCAAGUUGUGGACUUGGAGCGAGUAAGCACACAAUCUUUGUCGACGAUGAUGAGGAAGCUAAAUCUUUCGAUCCUAUUGAAUACUUUGGUACUGACGAGUCUGUGAUCUCGAGAAAAUACAACCGUUUACGGAAGGACGAUCUCGCAAAAAAGAAUGUCAUCGGCGCGCAAAGUAAAGACGACGUAAAGAAAGCUGAUCGACUUAGACGUGCCCGUUACUCUGAAUUGAUGAAGCGACAACAGAGAGUGAAAGAGUUGGAAGUCGUGGUUGCAAAAUUGGAGCUCAAAAAGGUA